CCACCCCUGGGGGGACGCGAUGCUGUGAGAGAACGCGAGACUCUGCGAGAACAGCACGAGAAAUUCAACAAGGCGGCGCGACACCGGUAGUAAACAACAGCGCGACAAACUAUCCGCCAAUUUAAAUAAAUAACUACCUUAUUUUUCGGAAAAUAAUCAACCACCCUACCAUUCUGGAUAACACCGAAGAAAGUUUCGAGUACAUCGACGAGUGCUUCGAGCGUCUGGUAAUGGGGAAAAAGGAGACGGCUCCAAACAAGCGUUCCCGUCCGUCUGACUCACCUGAGUCACCUGGAGCUAGCUCGGCGGACAAAAACAUCACGGACAUCCUGGAGUCCAUCGAAAAAAAAAUAACAAGUUUCGACGCACGUCUGGCGCUAGUGGAACUCCUCCACAAAGAGUUUAUGGCCCUCCGCGACUCCCUGGAAUUUAGCCAGCAGCAGGUGAUUUCUCUCGCCACCGAGAACGAGGCCCUGAAAGGAACGGUGCAGUCCCUGACGGAGGAUGUGGCUCAGCUAGCGGCCGAAAAUAAAAAAAUAAAAGAAGGUAUCAUCGAUCUGCAGGCCCGCAGCAUGAGGGACAACCUGGUGUUCUCGGGGAUUCCAGAACAGGCGGAGGAAAACACGGAAACCACAAUUAAAAACUUCAUUAAACAACAGAUGAAGAUCCCAGCGGAAGUUGUCGACAAGAUGGCGUUCCACCGUUCGCAUAGACUAGGAGGAAGACGACCGGAUGGCCAGCGUCCCCGACCCAUCGUUGCCAAGUUUCAUGACUUUAAGCAGAAGGAACUGGUUAAGAGCCGGGGCAGACAGCUGAAGGGAACCGACUACAGCGUCAACGACCAGUUCCCCAAGGAGAUCCUCGACCGCCGCCGCCGACUGUUCCCCAUCCGUAAGAGGUUCAUGGCAGAAGGCUGCAGGGCUGUCAUCAGCGUCGACAAACUGUACGUCAACGGAGAGCUCUACCGGGACCGGGAAGCAACUCCGUGGCUCUACUAGCAGGUGGUAAGGAUGCGUGGGGCUCGGGUGCUGCGUCAUGUCUGGCACAGUGGUGGGGGGGUGACUGGUGGUUGGUGGUGCCUGCCUGCCUAAAGAACCGGGACAACGGGUUGGUGGACUCAGGGCUGGCCGCAGGGGUCCCCUGCGGCGGGGGUGUGGUGGCUGCUGGGACCGGCGGCCCUGUGCCGGGGUGGGACCAUUUUGAGGGUUGGCGUGUGCCUGUCUCCGGAGAGCCGGAGGCGGGCCUCCCUGCCGGUGUGCGGGGGCGGACCUGGGGGUGGAGACCUGGGUAACCUGCGUCCGGGGGACUCCCUCUGGGGGUGCCUGCCCGUGCCCGGAGGGGUGUCUCUCCCCUGGGGCGCUGCCCCUGCUCGGGUGGGGCGCUGCCUGCCCUAGCGGUCCGACGCCCUCUGGUAACUGCUCGGGCCUGUUGCAGGGGGGGUUGGCGGACUACUCAGGCUAGAACCUUCAUUGGGCCCUGGGCGGAAGCUGGCCCUCAAUGCACAACCGCAGAGUAUGUGUGUGGGUUUGAGUGUCACACUACACGGGGCGAGCAUGGGCAUACUUGAGCGAGAGAAUGGGUAAGUGUGAAAGAAGGGUGAGGAUGGCUCUGGCUGUGCUGCGUGUGGCGCCUGGGCAGUAGUACUGCGGUCCCUGGGUCUCGGCUGUCCCUUCGUGGCUGGGGGUUGUGGGGGGUGGUGGGAUAGGUAGCAGAGCCAGUCGGGAACCUGGCUCUGCGGACCCUGGAGCUCUGCUUCCCAACUACAUUUCUCCGCAUUCAUCCACUUAGGUCUGCAAGGGGCGUCCUGCUGAUGGAGGGACCAGGGCUACUGGGAAGUGGUUCCGUCCCUUCCAAGUGGGAUGCUCUGCAGUUUUAAUUGCAUUAGUCAUACACACUUGUCCAGGAAUCUGGAGGCUCCUUCCGGGGGGGCCAGUAGACUUCCCAUUGAUGGCUCUGUCUGCUGGACCCCCCGGAGAAUUGGGUAUCUCCCAAAGUUCCUCAUACUUAGCUACAUACACAUACAUUUAGGGCCGGGGGUGGGCUCUUUCACUGGGGCCUGGGGCUGAGGCCAGUUGUGGCCUCGGCCACUGGCCCUGAUGGAGAGAUCACCACCCAGUUUUAACUGCAAAAAGACAUUUAGGGCGCGGGGGGGCACUGUCCGGGGGACACACCGUCAGCCAGCGGUUGUGCUCCUGGAGGUGUCACCCACCUUCAGUGCACUUUAGUUCCACACACUCACGUCCAAGCUGGGUUGCAGGGUUCUGGGGUGCCUUUUUCUGCUGCCCUCUGCCUCCUCCGGGUUGGGGGGGUUGGUCGGGGCUCGGGAGGAGCUGCGGUCCCUGCCUGGGGCCACAUGGACGGCAGGCCGGAGACCUACCCUCCCCACGAAUGUGAUCAAGCGAAUGGUGUGGGUGGGAGAAUGUAUCUGAGAGUGCAUUGGUUCACGUAUGAUUGACUAGUUUGUUGUGAGAGAGUCUAUGGUGUGUGUGUGUGUUGAUGUGAUGAUGUGUGUUGCACAUGUGGGUGGGUGUAUGCAUCUGUGUUUGUGUGAGUUGGUAUGCGUGUGGUGCGGUUGAAGUGUGGGGGGUCCGGUUAUUCGCCCGGGGUACGAUGAUCGUCUGCCUGGGUGGUCUCUUUUCUGCUGACCCCACCAAUUGCUGGCCUUGUGCUGCAGGCCGCUGUAGCGCCAGGGGAUGAGGUCGGGCCGAUGGGGUAGGCCCCGCUCCGCCCAUGUGGGGGUGGUGGACUGGGGGCGGGCCCCACUCUGGGCGCAGGGGCAUCUUCUGGCGGGCUCCCUACGGACCGUGGGUCCUCGGGCUCUACUCUUUCGGGCCGACCCUUCCGCCGGGGGGAGUGUUUGCCCCUGGUUCUCAUGGGGCGGACAGCGUUGACCCCCGGUGGCCCACUCUGGCCUCGGGUGCUGUCUCUGUGGCUGCUGCAGCUCUGCCUGGGGGGCUCUGUGUGGGCGGCUUGGGUCGCAACACCUGCCCUCCUGGAACUGAAGGUGUGUGUGCUCCCUGGCUGCUAGGAUUCCUUCCUCUGCUUGCUGGAUGGGCGUAGUGGCGGAGCCCCUCACAUCACCCUGGCUUCCACAAGUGGCAUUGUUCAUGCACCAACGUCUGCCUCACCCUUUGGGUGAAUAAUGUUAAGCUACAGCCUUACUAACCUUGUAGUGGGACACUUUCCAAAUCCAACUGUAAGUAUUAUUGAUACUUAUCACUACCAACAUGAAUAAUGUGUGAAUAUGGAAUUUGUGGUGUUGUAUGUCAUGACUUUUAUUAAGUAGUAUGGGAUAUGUAUAAUAAUGCACAUAUGUAUGUAUAUUGUAUGUAUACGUUUGUAUUAGUAUGUGCACAUACCUUAGCACUAUUAUUGGUAUUAGUAUUAAUCUCCAAGGUAAACCACAGCACAAAAAUUGUUUAGUUAUGAAUGUGUUAGCCUAAGGUACAUCCAUGCUUCUUAUUUAUUUUAUUUAUUUUAUUUUUUUUUGCUCCGAUUGUUUACUUAACAGAUUUGCUUGGUUUCAGCAGCUGGUUGCACCCCUUACCCCCCCUCCCCCCCACCCUCCCGCAUACACACCCUAAAGCAGAUCCCUAACCUGUCCACCAACACAGCAACAUCACACACAUUUUGGAUUAGCUAAAUAAACCAUUAAAUAAACCAUAAAUCAGGAAGAGUAUAUAUAUUCUAUAUAUACUCUUCUUGUUAAAGCAAAGCUGUCCAUCACAAUAUGGCAUUCAGCGUAAUAUAUGCUGCUUGCUUAACUGCUGGACAGAACAAAAAAAAAAAAAAAAAAAAAAAAAACAAAAAAAAAAAAAAAAAAAAAGAA